AAGCAAAUGACGCGAUCGCGCGUGUCUCGGGUCUUCCCCUAUCUCGGCGUGGCGUUACAAAACUGGUCGCCGUUUUCUUGCUUAUAAACAGUCCGCACGGCUUCCACCGCAGUGAUCCACGCUGCUUUCGCACUGCUUCGCAGCUCUAACUCGGUCCAUCGAAUCACCAUGAAGCUACUUGCGCUACCGCUCGCCUUACUACUGACCUGCGCUUUUGGCAUGCCCCAGCAAAGCGGUAGUGGCACAAUGGCAUCAACAGCAAGCACGGCGGCGGGCUCGUCGUCCACCCCAGCGUCAACCAACACCAGCACCACACCGAGUACUCACGCGGGCGCGCACUCGGGUCCGGCGCCAGUGGUGUGCUACUACUACGGCUGGGCCAACACGCGACCCCACCCGGCCAACUACGGCGUCAACAACAUCCCAGGAGACCUGUGCACGCACGUCAACUUUGCCUACGCGGGUGUCAACCCGGAAACCUGGGAGCUCAGGAGCGAGGUGCCUGAAUACGAGAGCAACAGGGAACUCUUCAAAAAUUUCACGGCCAUAAAGACCAAGUACCCCCAGCUGAAGACUCUCCUGUCGGUUGGCGGCUGGCAGCACCCGAUCGGUGUCUUUUCCGCGCUCGUCGCGAACGCCGACAGGAGGGCGCUCUUCAUCGAGAGCGUCCUGCUCUGGAUGAAGGAGUACAACCUGGACGGCGUGGACAUGGCCUGGCGCUUCCCUGGUGUCUCCUACCGCGGAGGAUCGCCACGCGACAAGGAAAACUACGCCAGCCUCAUCAGGGAGCUGGCUGGUGCUUUUGAAGGAAAAGGCCUGUUGCUCACGGUCGUCAUGCCAGUUACCGAGGAGUUCCUUGAUCCCGGAUACAACAUUUCCGAAAUUUCCAAGUACGUCGACUGGAUCAAUGCACAGGCCUACGACCUCAGGGGAGCUUGGAACGGAGUUACAGACGUGCACACUCCACUCUACUCCAGGUCUAUUGACGUCGGCCCGCAAGCAACAUUGAAUGUGAAAGACGGCCUUGCCCGCAUCGUGAGCGGCGGAGCGCCAAAGUCCAAGGUGGUGAUGGGCAUCGCCUUCUUCGGCCGGGGAUUCACGCUGCUCGAUCCGCAACAACACGGACUCCACGCCCUCAUCAACCGCGACGUGCCGCCGCACGCCGGGCCCUUUGUUAGGAGCAACGAGGUCUUCGCCUACUACGAGAUCUGCCUCAACUUGAAAGGAAACUGGAAACGAGAGUUCGACGACGAAGGCAAGUGCCCGUACGUCUACUACAGGGACCAGUGGAUCGGUUACGAGGAUGCUGUCAGCAUUCAGCACAAGAUUGACUUCCUUCAACAAGAGGGCUACCGCGGUGUCUACGUGUUCAACAAUGACCUGGACGACUUCCGGGGCUUCUGCGGCGAACCCAACAUCCUCCUCAAGACCAUCAAGAACGGUUUGAGCGAAAAGAACGAGAUCCCUGCGUCGGCCUGAAGGGUGACGUCCACAGUCGCAGUCAGGACGGUGGCAACCUAGUCACUAUGUCAAGCACAACUCUUUCAGGAAUCUUUCAGGAAUGCUACCGCUGUGAAGUGGAACAGGCUGCAUGAUUUCGCCCUGCGUAUCGAUUGAUGUUACUCGAAAACACCAAAGCGAGCCAUGCCAACGCAUUCACCGCCAAAAACACAGCCCCACCUCUGCGCUGGCACAUUUCUCAUUACACUUGCAGCACAUCACAGUGGAGUUGCUACGCACACGCAAGAAUCACAACUAUUUUACGUUCGAAACAAAACGCGUGAGCAGCUGUGGCUCGAGUAGUGAUUUCGAGUAUAAGAACUGUUUCAUGUUCUUUUAUCAGAACUGUCUAAUUGCCACAGACGCCACAUUGUUUGGAAUGCGUGUUGCAGUAUACACAUGGUUAUCUGUGCCGUGGAAGUCAUCCACGCGAUGACAAUAAAGGCGUGUCACAACGA